AGUUCAAGCCCCAUCCUGAGAACUCAACCAGCUUACACAGCUACAUACGCUUCACAGAGAGUUCUGUCCCAUACUCUAUUACAAGCGCAAUCUUUCAGGGAACCCGGAAGAGUCCAAAGACAUAGCACCCUCGAAAACCCGAAGUCAGCAUGUCUAGCUUACUUCCGAGUAUCGAAACGUUUGCCAAGUGAUCGAAUCAGUCUGUUUGACGUCGUCAAAAUUCUACAGGGCACAGCUGCCACAGCCGCCGGUCUGUCCACGAUCGGCAUGGGGUUGCUGUAUUAUGGACAGAACUAUCUCAUCUAUCCAAGUGCCUUCCCACCGGGAUCUCGAGACGAAGUUCCAACACCCGCCGAAUUCUCCCUUCCAUAUACCGACCUCGAACUCACCACAUCGGAUGGGGUCAAACUGAAAUGCUAUUUACUUCUUCAACGCCCAGAUCUACAUGUCCCUGGAGCGACCAAGAUAGAAUGGGACAGUGAUGGGGAUGACGAAAAGUACGAUAUGUUUGCUGCAACUCGUCCGACCAUUAUCAUGUUUCACGGGAACGGCGGAAAUCAUGGUCACCGAAUCCCGCUCGCUAAGAUAUUUUUUGCGAAGAUGCGCUGCAAUGUUCUCAUGUUGUCGUACCGCGGGUAUGGCCGCUCAGAAGGCACACCGUCAGAGAAGGGUCUUGUGGUCGAUGCCCAAACUGGGCUCGAUUAUGUUCUGCAACACGAAACACUGUCUAAGACCCCUAUUAUCCUGUAUGGCCAAUCGAUAGGUGGCGCAGUCGCAAUCGACCUCGCUAGCAAGAACACGCAGGCAAUCACUGCCAUGAUCUUAGAGAACACAUUUAUGUCUCUCCCCCGCCUCAUCCCAACAGCAUUCCCGAUCCUCACCCCGUUCUCCUGGCUCUGCCAUCAGAAAUGGGAGUCAUACCUGAAGGUUCCUAAAAUUCCGAAAUCCAUCCGCGUGCUCAUGCUCGGCGGCGCGAUUGACGAAGUAGUUCCGCGCGCACAGAUGCAGGGUCUAUGGGCCCUCAUCCGAUCCCGCCCGUCCGGCGACAAGUAUAUGGAAUUUCCGGCUGGUGGACACAAUGAUACCUGCAUUCAAGCUGGAUAUUGGACGGCUGUAGCCGAAUUCAUUGCCAGUCUCAGCCCAUUGGCCGAGCUAGCAAGGGCGGAGAGAAUGAAAACCGAAGCUGCAGACUACUAA